CAAUUUUGAAUUUAAAAUUGCACAAAAGUUAAAUAGCGUUUUUGAUAAGGCUGUGAUGAGUUUAAUAGCAAAAUAGUCAUGCAGUACGCUUUGAUAAGACCUAUAGAAUAGCCAUAAAAUAUCGGUAGACAUUGUAAGCUCAGUGUAAAAGUUUAAUUCAAGUAUUUUUGUAUUUUCAAGGUCUCUGACCUUCAAAAAUCGUCAUAAAAACAUUCUCUGUGAUCAGCUCAGAAUAAAGAAAGAUGUAAAUAAAUUAAGACUUAGUAAAGUGCAUACAAUUGAAGAUUUUUUGCGUGUGAAUCAUUUCAUUCAAUGGCCAGCUGUAUAAUAUGCUGAUAAGUCGCUUGAGUGAUUCAGAGUGCAGAUAAUUAUUAAUUUAAGUAUUUAAUAAGCAUUUAAACAAAAAUUAAUUGAAGCUGUAAAUGCAAACAAAGGAAAUAUAAUAAAUAGUGGGGAAAAAAAUAGUUUAAUUACACAGCAUUUUUUGAGAGUCAUGGAAAGAUCAUUUGAUAAUGACAAUCAAGAGGAUGAACAAGAAGAAGAAGUAGAAGUUCAAAGUCAGGGACGAGAUACUGAUGAAUCUGGAAAAUACUUUUUGGAACUAGGACUUUUAUUCCUAUUCAUUGGAAACAAUCUCGUCCAAACAUUGCUUCAAAAUCAAAUAAUUAAGCAGUCAUGCACCUACUUAGGAUAUAAUCAAUCAAUUUGUGAUAUCAUUAAUUUGAAUGAGAACAGCACGAAAGAUAUAGAAGAGAAAAUACAGCCUUAUGUGGCUAAUAUCGAUAUGAUUACUACAUUAUUUCAUACAAUAACUCCAGCAAUAUUAUCGCUGUUUCUGGGAAAUUGGUCUGAUCUUUAUGGACGCAAAAAGAUUCUUUGUUCUACAUUCCUCGGAUACACAUUAACAUUGACAUUAUUUGCUGCUGUAUGCUUUUAUUCUGAAAAUAUUCAAUCAUUGUCUCCGUGGUUUUACGUAUAUUGUUAUAUCCCAGCAACUGUGGCUGGAGGAUGGCCAAGUCUUUUGACAGCAGCAUUGUGCUACAUAACAGAUACAGUUCAUCUAUCUGCAAGAUCCAGACGAUUAACAAUAAUUGAGUUAAUCAUAUUCCUUGGUGUCUUAAUUGGAACUUUCUUCUGUUCGUCAAUUUUAGCACUAACGGAUGCACCGACUGUCUUUAUUAUAGCAUCCGUUCUUGCCAUGUUUGGAUUCCUCGUAAUUACAUUCUUUGUAGAUGAAUCAAUUCCUUCAAAUGACGUUUCUACGAUCGAGAAAGCCAAAAAUCUGUUCUCACCAGUGAUUAUUGUUAAUUUGUUCAAGACAUGCUUCAAACGACGAGCUUUUAAAGGACGAAGGAUCUUAUUGCUAUUGAUUUUGAUUCUUGCAUUGAUAGUUUUCACAUUUAAUGGAAAUAGUACAGUUGGAUACUUAUUUGUAAGGGAAAAGUUCUCGUGGAAUUUAAAGCAGAACAAUCAAUUUGAAUCAUACAGCAUUGUAUGUUCCUUACUUGGAUCAGUUUUUGGAUUUGCGAUCCUCAAGAAAGUUUUUAAAUUCAGUGAUAUAAGUUUGACGUGCCUUGCCUUAUUUUGCUACAGCCUUGACUCAUUUUUGAAAGCUUUUGCUACAGAAACUUGGGAAAUGUAUGCAAUUACAUCAGUUACACUAUUCAAGAUAUUAGGAAGUCCAAUGAUAAGAACACUGAUGUCAACUAUCAUUCCACAUGAUGAAAUCGGAAAAAUAUUCAGUAUAACUACGAGUUUUGAAGCAUUAUCAACAUUUGCAGCAUCUCCACUUUAUGCGUUUGUCUAUAAAUCUACGUUAACUACUUUUGCUGGCUGUUUCUUCCUUAUCACAGCUGGUGUCAAUAUUGUGAACUUGUUCAUUGCCUUUUAUAUAGCAUACUUGAAGAAAAUCAGAGAAAGUUUAAUUAAUCCUUAUGAACAAAUUGAAAAUAACUGACCCCAAAGAUAUAACAGACCCAAAAUAUUAUGCUGUUAAUCCAGUUUGUAGUCCGUUAAGAUUUAAAUUCAAAUUUUUUGAUGUGAGAACCUUACAAAUCCUACUUUAAAACCAUUCAAAUUUGGAUAAUUUAUGACUGUUAUUUUAGAACCUUACAAAAGUUUAAAAUUAA